CGGGGAGGAAGGCCAAGCCCCUGUCUGACACGCCCUGGUCUGUCCCGCAGGUAAUCACUUACUCCGGCCAUCAUGUCUACGAUAACCUGACUGAGGAACAGAAGGGCCGAGUGGCCUUUGCUUCCAAUUUCCUGGCAGGAGAUGCUUCCCUGCAGAUCGAGUCUCUGAAGCCCCGAGAUGAGGGCCUGUACACGUGCAAGGUGAAGAAUUCGGGCCACUACGUGUGGAGCCACGUCGUCUUAAAAGUCCUAGUGAGACCGUCGAAGCCCAAGUGUGAGCUGGAAGGGGAGCCGAGAGAAGGCAGGGACCUGGCCUUGCAGUGUGCAUCGUCCUCUGGCACUGAGCCCAUCGUGUAUCACUGGCAGCGAGUCCGGGAGAAGGAGGGGGAGGAGGAGCGUCUGCCUCCCAAAUCCAGGAUCGACCACAGCAACCCGGGCCGCGUGCUGCUGCAGAACGUCACGGCGGCCUCCUCGGGACUUUACCAGUGCACAGCGGGCAACGAGGCCGGGAAGGAGAGCUGCGUGCUGCGCGUCACGGUGCAGUAUGUGCAGAGCAUCGGCAUGGUGGCGGGAGCAGUGACCGGCAUGGUGGCCGGGGUCCUGUUGAUCCUCCUCUUGGUGUGGCUGCUAGUCCGAAGGAAAGACAAAAAGAGAUACGAGGAAGAAGAGAGGCCUAAUGAAAUCCGAGAGGAUGCCGAGGCCCCAAAAGCCCGCCUGGUGAAGCCUGGUUCUUCGUCUUCUGGCUCUCAGAGCUCCCGCUCCGGGUCCUCCUGCACGCGCUCCACCGCCAACAGCGCCUCCCGCAGCCAGCGGACACUGUCCCCGGAGGCUGUGCCCCCGCCCGGGCUGGCCACCGGCACCUACAGACCUGUGGGGCCAGAGGCCAGAGGCUGUGAACCAAAGCGAGUGCACCCUGCUCCCCUGGCCAAAGCGGAGAGCACGGCCAGCAGGAUCCCCAGCCGGAGCCGGCCCCUCCAAACUGUCUAAAUCCCCGGACUCUGACUCCCAGGCUUUCCCGGGAGUCAGAAUCUUAGGACUUUUCUAGUCACUAGUUCAGCCACCAGCCACACAGUCCCCUCGAUUCGCAGAGAGGUCACUCUGUAGCGGGGAGCGUGGCAUGGAGCAGGUUCAAUGCGCAUUCUCCUUAAAUGACACCAAACAAGGGGAGGGAUGUCAGCUGACCACGUCCGGCAAGGCUUCGGACAGGAGUGGGGGGAGCGGGUCUAGAUCCGGGCAUCUGUGGACCAGACCUGUGGUGAGAAAGGCAGAGAAAGGGGGAGGGAACCCAUGCGAAACUUCUCGCCUGAGAUGUUUUGUAUCAAUACUUCAGUUCACGAUUGUCAAGAAGUGAGGUGUUGUUCAUACAUUUUUCCUGCCUUUCUGCAAACCUACUGAAUUAUUGUGAUUAUCCAGAGUCAAGGAGAACCCACAGCCUUAUACUACACCUUUCUGCACCAGGGACUGGGAUUGCCGCUUCUGAGAAACUCCAAACAGGAAAUGUCUCUUCUAUUCUGUCUUGAUCUCAUUUACCAUAAGGUUUGGAUAUGAAUUUCAAGAGGAACUGAAAUAAUGGGAGAUGGAGAUGAAUUGAGUUUCUCCUACUCUAUCCAGCACUAAUUUUCUUCUACUCACAUUGGACCAUUAGAGCACUAAAAAAGGAGUCCAAAAUGUGUGACAAGGGACUAUGAGAAACCUUUCAUCUUGCUGUUCAGAGGGUCCCUGACAAAUAUCAGAACUGUAUGCUGAACAAUUGUGGGUUUUCCCUCAAGUCAGAUGUCUCCAUACUGCCCUGCUGGAUCUCUCUGGAGCAAGAAAGCAUUCACUGUGUCAUUUCACAAGGUCCUUAGAAAGAAGUCUUCCAGGGCAAGAGACCUCUUAGAGAUGCUGGAAGACCGUGAUGUACCAUUAUAGUUUCUGAGAACACACAAAACCAGCAUUUCCAGACUGACUGGGUUAGGCAGGGAGAUUAGGUCACUUUUCCUAAUGUCACAGAAUGGCAUAAGGAAGUGCAGAACUGCACCGAACUCGGAGCUUUCUCUAUUUGUUUCCUCUUAAGAAGAGGAUGUGAACCUGGGACUUCUGACGAUUCUAGGCCUUAGGUUAUCAGAAAGGUCAGGGAUUGCCAACAUUUCCUACUGGCACUGCAGGUAUGUCAGUCAUUCCUGCCUGAGAAGUUGGGACAGAGCGAAGUUCAUUGUUUUACCAGCUGAGUCUGUAAGUCUAGCUCUGGGCUACAAGGAAAUGGAAUCAAUUUGAGGAAGAGAUGGUAAGGCUCUCUAGUGAGCGGCAGGAGAGGUGGGGUUAAUGCCUGUUAACACUCGGUCGGCAUCUUGGAAAGAAUAGGCAAAAAUGGAUCACCAGGAUAGCUCUCAGAAGAGCUGAUCCAUGGGAGAAGAAAGGUCUGAAAAAUUAAAAACAAAACCAAACCGCAGCCUCCAAUAAAAUAACUUGCCCUUUUAAUAGUUU